CAUUCAUCAUUCACAGAAAACAAGUAUCAUGGGUACUUUAAGUCUUAGAAUGUAAGGAUGCGAAAUCCAUCGUUUUCUAAGUAGGAAGAAAACGGGCAGAUUGAAGUGAAGGCUCAGUGAAGUGAUUGCAAGUCUGAGGGGGAGAGAGAGAGAGCGAGAGAGAGCGCAGGAGUGAGUGAGAGAGAGAGAGCGAGAGAGAGGGAGUGGGGAGACCAUGAGCACAGGACGUAGGCCUAGCCGUGGUGGCGUGGUGCAGAUCCGCUUUCACAAAUUGGAAAAAACGGACGGUAGAGGUCAAAAUUUCAAAAGAUUUGCACCGGUUUUAUCAUAGGUGAAGUGUAAAUGGUAAGAAUUUGAUAGAUCGAUUUAGAUCAGUGGAGGUAUUAUAUUUAUUUUGCGCGGUUCCCGAGUUGGAACAAAUCGUUUUUUUUUUCCUUUGGUGGGCAUGCAUGUGCGCGAGCUCGCGUGUUCGUGUGCACGCGCGUGCGCGGGUUUCUUCUCGCCAGUGUGACAGGGCCGUGUGAAGGAUUUAGUGGGAUGGAACCAUGAAGGCAUGGAUCAGACAUGUGAACUAACAGUCAAUGAUCUGUUGAUUCCCUAUUGUAAUGCCCUGCAGUAUAAGCCUAAUUGUGACACUGCCUCGCUCGAAAGUGGCUAUGGGGCAGCGGGUGGCAUAGGUUCCACCUGUGGGAUGCAGGUAUCCACAAGUACAGUUUUUAAAAACGGAAGUUCACACACAUUUGGUGAGCAGGAUUCUUCAGACUGCUAUAUUCCCCUGCGCAAGUUACAAGAUCUGACAUCCAUGGUUAACCGGACAGAUUUGGGAUUCAGAGAGAGAGAGCAGCAAGAACUCAAUGAUUUGCACAUUCAGGACUCAAUGGGGACAGACUUCAUGUCAGAUUCCCAAAUUCUGUCAAUGUCCCCCAAGAAUAGUGACAUUGUUUCCACAAGGCAAGUGGUGGAAAUGGCCUGGCCCUCUCUUGCUCUCACUAAUCAUAGUAAAGAAUGUGUAAAUAUAACUUCGAAUGGCUGUUUGCACUUAGAACCAACUGCAUCUGUGAAUCAAGCACAGAGUAGUGAUGGUAAAAAGGAAGAAAAUAAAGGAGAUCAUAUAGAAGAAUUUAUGUCAGACUCUGAUAAAUGUGAAAGGAUAGCUAAACAAGAUUUUGAUUUACUACCGGAUAUGUUUGAUAAACCCAGUUCUCAACAGAAAUCCAAUUAUGAAACUUCUAUAGAUGUCAGCUGUUUGUCAGAAACUAGUUUGCCUAAUAAUAAUGUUGAUGUUUCAGUGUCAGAGACAUUGGAUUCUGCUUUGGAAAGUUUGGAUAUGGUUGCAGAAGGUUCAGAGUGUGAUUUGGGAUUAUUGCAAAGCCUUACUUCUGGGACAAGGAAAGGAGGAAAUGAGAAAGCAGAGACUCAUAACAGGUCUGACUCUCCAAGUUCAAGAAAGUCAAGCACUCACGUUAAACCUGAACAAAGCAGAACUCAGUUGCGUGAGAAAUCUGCAGAUGCAUCUCAAUCAAGUUCUACAUACAGUCCAAAGAAGAAAUGUAUUCCAGUGAAGUAUGAAGUUGGUGAUUUGGUCUGGGCAAAGUUCAACCGUAGGCCUUGGUGGCCAUGUAAGAUCUGUUUUGAUCCACUCUUCAAUACCCACUCAAGGAUGAAAGAACCCAGUCGAAGACCCUGCCGUCAGUACUAUAUUCAGACCUUUGGAGAGAUGCUGGAUCAGGCAUGGGUGGCAGGGAAGGCAAUUUUCCCUUUCAAAGGACGUCACCAAUUUGAUGAACUUCCUGUGUUGCGCAGGCGGGGAAAGCAAAAAGAUAAAAACUACAAAUAUAAGAUUCCUUCACGGUUCAUGGAGGUUUGGAAAUCUGGUCUAGUGGAAGCUGAAGCUGCCCUUCCGGAACCUACGAUAAACACCAUUGCCAAAAAUGGCACAUUAGAAAACAUCAAAAAGGAAGAACCUGUUGAAGAUAUUAAAAUAUCUGUGGUAUCUACAGCCUUACCUUCAAUAUGUAAUUUGUCUAAUGGUAAAAUAGAGUCUUCAAAGAAGCGGAAGGAAAAGCAGCUAGCUGCUGUUGAAAUGCAGGUUGCUAACAGCACUAAUCACUCACUAAAACAUUUGUGUAGCUCUAAAAGAGCAAAGUCCUCAAGAAAGGAAGAAUACACUAUCAGGAAGAAAACAUCUAGGUCAUCAUGUCAAAGAAAACAUCUUUCUCAUUCAUUAAAUUCAUCCACGUCUCAUAUUGACUCCAUACCAAGGAGUCUUUGUUCAAAAGUUCCUAAACGUACUCCUGAGCACAAGGAAUUAAAAUCUGGUAAACAAAGUGAAAAUAAUUGUCAUUUUCCACAAGUAAACCAUAAACAAUUAAAUAAAAGCAUAAUAAAAGAUGUUUUUACUGAAGACAAUAGUACAGAUUCUGAGUCUGAGAACAGCUUACUUGAUAGCCAUUUUUUGCAUGCCACAGAAAAAGAUGAUAAUAUUGACUUAAAUGGGAAGAACAGGCACAAGGUGUCCAAGUGUCUAACAGCCAGUAAGCGCUUAAUGAAAAGAGCUUUGAAAGUUAUAAAACAUACAGCAAAAGAAGAUCAUAUUUAUGUUAACAGGAUUAUACAGAAAGUAUUAUCCAAUGGUGACCUUGAUAAAGACCCUGACAGUUGUAAAGUAGAAAGUGUAUGUGUAAAUAACAGUUGUAAAAAAAAGAUUAAACAAUCAGAGAUGCCAUAUUCUAAUUUAAUGGAGUCAAAUCUGACUGUUGAUUCACAGUGUGCUUUAUCAGAUAUUGAGUGCCCAAGUUUAUCUUUGAAAUUACCCAGGCCGAAGUCUGAAAAGAAGAGUGUUGAUUUUCCAAAGAAUACCGAAGAAGAAGAACAUAGUUUGAAGCCCCCAGAUUCUCUUAAUACUUCUGAAGAAACUUGUCUGACAGAAGAAAAUGUGGAUAAGAUUUUUGAAAAAGAAGAUGAAUCAAAGAGAUCUCCUGUAUCUGCCACUGUUUCUUCCUCCUCUACCAAUGCAGCAGUAUUUGAUAGUACUGUUGUGAAACAAGCUCUUGCAGAUGUAAAGGAGAUAUCUUUACGAUCUGUGAUCAGUGAAGAUGGUGGGCCUGCCAGACAUGCUACUUUACGUCCAGACUCCAACUAUAAGUUUAGUACCUUGUUGAUGCUGUUGAAGGACAUGCAUGACAGUCGUGUUCGAGAUGAAUCCAACAUGGUUGUAGGACAGGCUGCCCAGAGCUCCACUUUUGUUUCUUGCAACAAUUCGUUGUCUAUUGAGAAAUCUAAAUCCUCAUCUGGUAGUUGUUGGUCUUUGAUUUCAGACAAUGAAAACAAAUCUUCAGAACCACCUAAAACAAUUAGUGGAAGUGAUAGCACUCUAGACAAAGAGGCACGGUCAGACAACAAAAUGCGAAACCGACAGAGUAACCAAAACAUGCAAAAUCCAAAUUUUUCCUGUACACAAAAAAAUAGCUAUUUGUCAAAAAAUAAGCAGUCAAAAUCUAAAACUUCAAAAUCAGUCACUGAAAAAGGAAACUCCUCUGGUGAUUCCAGAUAUUAUAAGGCUAUGUGCAAAAGUCGGAAGGUCCAUGUUGAUUUGCAUAGGCGCUCCAGAAAAAAACGUCUCCUUAUGGCCAAAAAGCGUAAUCGUACUGUGCCUUUGGAAUUGGCAGAACAUGCUUAUGGAAAAGACUGCAGUUAUGCCCAUAGUGAUGUUAGACAGUCAAAACUUGGUGUUCGAUUCCACAGAGAAACUUCUUCAGUCUUUGCACUAACCAGUGAGGACAAGAGCUCAGUGGAUUUGAACUGUGUUGCCCCCAAAAAACGGUGGCAAAAAUUUGAGAGCUCUGAGAAACAUUCUGAAAGCUAUAUUGUAUGUGAAUCUAAUACAGAGGCAAUUGGGUACACCAAUAUGGAUGAGCUUCCUGAUUUGCAGAAAAUUGAGGAAUUGAAAGAUGGAUGUGACAUUGUGCCUUCAGGACUUCGCACAAGCUGUAAUAGUGAACAGGCUGUUUGUCUGGACAACCACAAGGCUUCAGAACCAAAGAACGAUGGUACCAUUAUGUCAAAUACUCUGACAAACAAAGACCAGCAUAUUCUUAAGGACAAGGAUGUCUCAUUACCAGUACACUCAGAAAGCAAACGCCUUCGGAAGCCAAGCAAAAGACUGUUAGAAUGGACUGAGGAAUAUGAUCAGCUCUUUGCAUCAAAAAAAAAGCAAAAAAAGGGAUCAGAAAAGUGUAGUAAGGUCACGGUUGAAAGACAGAGCAAGACUGCAGAUCAACAAGACGGAAUUAGAUGCACUCUGUCACUCAAAACAGAACUUGCAAAAAACUGCACGCAGUCAGCCCAUAAGAAUGUACUUUCUGCAAAUCAAGAAAUUUCAUCUGUGGAUAAGCUUGCCUGUUCUUCUGGUACUAUCUCCAGUUCCCCUGAAACGUCUCCACCUGUAAAAUCAACCUCACCUCAAUUGUUGGAGACAAAAUUAUGUAAAACAGAGCCACUUGCCUCUAAUGAAAGUCCUGUCUGUUCUGAAACCUUUAGCCAGUCUCCUGAAACAGUAUGCCAAAAUGGAAAAAGACUGCGGAAACCUACUAAAAAGAUUUUGGAGUCAACUAUUGAUGUGGAUCCUAUUCUAAUUCCAAAGAAAAAGAUAAAGGGAGAAAUUCAUAAUAAUCAAAAGGUUUUCAAGAAAGAAGUGCCUGAAUUAAGUUCCCAACCUCCAGCUGGAGUUCAACAGUCUGAUCGAAAAAAGAAGCAAUUACGGAAGAUUUCCUCAAGUUUAUGUCAAAAGAAGAGUAAAACAUGCUCUUCUUUAGUAGAUGACAUUCCGAAGCAAGAUUUAAAAGAAGCGCCUGAGGAAAUCACUGCAGUGCAGAACUCUGUCUCAAGUCAGGAGGUUAACCCACCAGUAGUGAAAGAAGAAGUUUGCCCAAGUGAAAUAAGCGUAGGUCUUUCCACUAACAAAAAACUUCCAGGAGAGAAAGGUGGUGCAGCCUCGAUGAAGGAGAAUGUUUGUCAGAUUUGUGAGAAGCCAGGAGAGCUACUACUGUGUGAAGGUCAGUGUUGUGGAGCUUUUCAUCUGCAAUGCAUUGGCAUGUCAGAGAUGCCCCAGGGACGUUUUGUCUGCAGUGAAUGUACCACAGGUAUCCAUACUUGCUUUGUGUGCAAGAUUCCUGGUUCAGAUGUGAAGCGCUGCUUGAUCCCUGUGUGUGGUAAAUUCUACCAUGACCAGUGUAUCACCAAGUACGCACCUACAUUGCCUCAGAACCGUGGGUUUCGAUGUUCAUUGCAUAUCUGUCUGUCCUGUUAUAUCUCAAAUCCAGCAAGUCCCUCCAUUUCUAAAGGUCGGCUGACACGAUGUGUGCGCUGCCCUGUGGCAUACCAUGCCACUGAUACCUGUAUGGCUGCAGGAAGUGUAACCUUGGCUAAUAACAGUUUCCUGUGUCCCAACCAUUUUACUCCACGAAAGGGCUGCCGCAAUCAUGAGCAUGUAAAUGUCAGCUGGUGUUUUGUCUGUUCAGAAGGGGGCAGUUUACUUUGCUGUGAGUCAUGCCCAGCUGCCUUUCACCGUGAGUGUCUAAACAUUGAAAUGCCCGAAGGGAGUUGGUUCUGCAAUGACUGCCGUGCUGGGAAAAAACCCCACUAUAAGGAGGUGGUGUGGGUCAAAGUGGGUCGAUACAGAUGGUGGCCUGCUGAAGUGAGUCACCCAAAAAAUAUUCCUGUUAAUAUUCAAAGAAUGAAGCAUGAUAUUGGUGAAUUCCCAGUUCACUUUUUUGGAUCUAAUGACUACCUGUGGACUUAUCAGGCACGUGUCUUUCCCUAUAUGGAGGGAGAUGCAAGCAGUAAGGAUAAGAUGGGUAAAGGGGUAGAUCCAGUUUACAAGAAAGCUUUGCAGGAGGCAGCACUAAGGUUCAAGGAACUACAGACCGAAAAGGAAAUGAAGCAGCUGCAGGAAGACAAAAGGAAUGACAAGAAACCCCCUCCAUAUAGACAUAUUAAAGUUAACAAAGUUGUGGGAAAGGUACAGAUUUUCACGGCGGACUUGUCUGAAAUUCCUCGGUGCAACUGUAAAGUAACCGAUGAAGCCCCUUGUGGACAGGAUUCAGAGUGCAUUAACCGAAUGCUUCUGUAUGAGUGCCACCCUCAGGUGUGCCCAGCUGGAGAGAGAUGCCAAAACCAGUGUUUUACCAAGCGUCAGUAUCCUGAAGUAGAGAUCUUUCGAACUGUGGCGAGGGGAUGGGGCUUGCGCUGCAAGACUGAUAUUAAGAAGGGUGAGUUUGUAAAUGAAUAUGUUGGAGAGAUGAUUGAUGAGGAGGAAUGCAGAGCUCGAAUAAAACAUGCGCAAGAACAUGACAUUUCAAAUUUCUAUAUGCUCACCCUGGACAAGGAUCGAAUUAUUGAUGCAGGGCCAAAGGGCAAUCAUUCAAGAUUCAUGAACCACAGCUGCCAGCCAAACUGUGAAACUCAGAAGUGGACAGUGAAUGGAGACACAAGGGUCGGCCUGUUUGCACUGGUGGACAUUGCAGCUGGUACUGAACUUACUUUCAACUAUAACUUGGAGUGUUUGGGAAAUGGUAAGACAGUGUGCAAGUGUGGAUCUCCAAACUGCAGUGGAUUUCUAGGAGUCAGACCAAAGAAUCAACCAAGCUCAUCUGAAGACAAGGGACGAAAACUGAAAAAGAAAACAAAUAUUAAGCGCCGGUCAAAAUCUGAAGUUACCAAGGAGCGAGAGGAUGAGUGUUUUAGCUGUGGCGAUGGUGGGCAGAUUGUUUCUUGCAAAAAGCCAGGAUGCCCAAAAGUUUACCAUGCAGACUGUUUGAACCUUACCAAGCGACCUGCAGGUCGAUGGGAAUGUCCAUGGCACCAAUGUGACGUAUGUGGAAAGGAAGCUGCCUCAUUCUGUGAGAUGUGUCCUAACUCUUUCUGCAAGGAGCAUCGUGAAGGAAUGCUCUUUAUUUCAAAGCUAGAUGGACGCCUCUCUUGCUGUGAACAUGACCCAUGUGGUCCAGAUCCACUGGAACCAGGGGAAAUCAGGGAAUAUGUCCCUGGCAGCGGUGCAGCUUCUAAGGGUUCAGAAAAAAAGACUGCAGGAUCAGUAACUACCAGCAUUUCCACUACUUGCACCAAAUCCACUGUUGACUCUUCCACCAAUGUUACCAUCAAAACAAUGCCAGCGAAAGAGGAACAUAAACAACCUGAGGAAGAGAGGAAUGUGGAAAAGAUUCCUUAAUCUUAACAUCUCUCUAGCAGAGAGUCUAGGCUUACGUUUUUCACCUGAGAUGGCUCAUCUUUGUCUCUUUCACUGGUAGACUGCAGAAUGUAGAAGUAGGUGUUCUGCAAAUUAAAAAAUUCUACUUUUAUUUUGCAGCUAAAAAUGAGCAUAACAAGUCUCUUAGGAUGCCUGGCUUACCCACACAAAACCCUCCUACUUCCUCAUUUAUUUCUGAAAUUUUUAUGUUCCCUGAAAAUAUUUUUCUGCCAAUUAUGUUAAUUGGAAAAGGAAUGGACAGCUGUCAAUAAUUUAAAAAAGGGGUCUUAUACAGAAGACUGUUCAAAGCAAAGUGUUGCUUAAUUUGGCAGUGGAAAAAGAAGAGUUAAAUGAACAGAAAUAUGUUGUUACAUUCUCGAGUGUAGGCAGAAAUAUUUCUCUGUGGCUGUAACAAAACAUCACGUUUACAGCAUAGAAACCCUGACCUUCUGCUGCAGAGGUUGUGAAGGUUUGUCGUCUAGAACCGCUGCCAUUUUGAGAAACAGAAAUUUAAAUUAUAAAAUAGCAGCUGCCAUCUAGGGGUGGAUUGCAUAUUACAGAUUUUAUUUCUUGUGGCACUUCAGAGUACAAAUAAUGAAAAAUAUUUAAUCCAUAAUCCUGUUUGUAAUCUUGUGUUGUCCUCAGUACUUGACCGCUUUCAUGAAUCCUGACAAUAAUUCUGAGGUUCCUUACUACUGCAGUAUACCAACAGGUUAAAAAGUGAGUCUAUUUACAGUUUAACCAUAAUAAACAAAAACGGAAACAUAGCUUAACUGGUCCCUUCCUUCCUUUCCACACACUUUAGCGAGAUAGAAGCAACUUGUUUCUGCUCAGCAUGGUGCUCCGCAUUUCUGGGUGCCUCCUACAAACUGCGUCAAGGAACGGAUUCUCUCUUGUCUCUUUCUGUGUCCUCUUCCCUCACUCUCCUCGCUCCUUUUGGUCUAAUUUCUCGUUGGACCAGUCGCACAAUAAAACCAACAAUGGCUCAGGUUUCUUUUAUGAAGCAGUGGAUGGUUGGCUUUGGUACUGACCAGAUCUCGAAUCCAGUUCCUGGGCCUCACAUUAAAAGUUUAGUUGCUGCAGUAAAAAAUGCAUUCUUUUUUUCUAAACAUCAUGUUCAGUCAGCGGUGGACUUUUGAUGUUUUGAAAUCUGAACUGGUUGUUGAAACUCCACUAGUAACUUUUCUCUUUGUUGUUUUGUUCUCGAUGCACUUAGAAUCUGCACUGGCUGGAGUAGGGAAUAUAAAGCAGUGUUCUCAGUGGACCUUCUUCUUAGGAUAUUAUCCAUUUUUUUUCAGUGCCUUGCUUUGCACCUCUGUGACUAGCGUUCAUCCUGUAAGUCUCAUGUCAGCUGUUAGUUACUGUAAGUGUUGUAAGUGCUCACUUGCACUCGAUUUUCUUUAACACAUGGUUCAUUUGGACAAACCUUUGGAGAAACUUCUGCCAUCUUAAUGAAGGCACAAAUUAAAGAUGCCCAGCAUCAACCUGGGCACUCUUUGCCAAUACCUGGUGUGUGACAUGAGAGACACAGCUCCAUUGUUCUUCGUUCACGUAUUCUUUAAGCACUACAACCUAGCAAUAUGCAUUUUCUGCACUGUUGCAACUUUAGAAAGCACUACUUCUGUAAACAAUUGCACCUUGAGGGAGUGAGCGUAAGGAAUUGUUUUAAUGAUUUGUGUGAAAAGAGUUUGUACAGUCUGGUUGAAUUUCACAUCACUCCCACAUCAUUUUUUACUGAAAGGCACACUUCUGCUUUGUGUUACCUUGUAAUGCUUAACUGUGGUAGGUGAUGCUUUGUUUGUAGACGCCACUUUGAGUUUCAAGUUACCAGCUGUUGUGUACAUUGCCUUUUAUUAUCUUAGUACCUGUGAGUUGUGUUCCAGGCACUUGAUUCAAUGAGCUCUAUUUGUCUCUUUAAUAUCCGUGUCAAGACCACUUUUUUCCCUGGCAUCCUGUGUAAUGUUGCAAAUACAGUGUGCGUGUUGUACAGGAGCAGCUGGUUUGUUGCCUAUCACAAAAGUGAUGUUCUGAGUGUUUUAUUAAAAGAGACAUGACUGUGGUAGUUUAUUCUGUUAGUGCUUAUUUAGCGUGAAUGCAAAAGACAGAUCUACGUAAAUUAAUUCAUCUAUAGGUUCUUGUUACAAAAAAAAACAAAACCUAUAGCCACUGUGCCGCUCCUCAUAUUGUCAAAGGUGCCACUGCUAUUAUCAGUCACACUUGAGAAUCAAACGAUGAGGAUCGGGCAGACACCAUAUGUCACCCAAGAUUUGCUGGUGAUCAGCGCAAAGGCAUAAACGAUAGAGAAAAACAUAACAAAAACGCUGCGCAGUCGUUGGCUUCCAGUCCCACUCCUGCCAGCUAGCUCCAUAUCAGGAAGUACAGUAUACUGUGAUGGUGACUUCAACUAAACUGCAAGAAGCUUCUGUACAGGUUAGUAACCUGGUUAUACUUGAAUUACAUUUGAUUUUAGAAAGAUGUUACAGUUUUUUCAAAUACUAACUUCAACACUUAACAUAAUUUGCUGGGCUAAACAGAAAAUUAUACCGAGUACUUGAAAUUGUUUUUUGUUUUUUUCCCUUCAAAUUUUACUGUACUUGAGAAAAGUGAGGUGAAGUGACUACUGACGUCCAUGGAAUUUCAGCCUGCAUGGUCACUUGUUGAAUAUGUGUGUGUCAAUCAGUAUAAAUUUGUAUUCUCAGCAUCUGACUUGUGAGGCCUGCUCCACCACGACGGGAGAGUCGUGUACUUUAGGGUCCAAACAACCCCAAUCACCCCUAACCACAACCACCACAACGUUACAGCAUGUAAAAUGGAAUCGAAUUACACUCCGUCUGUUGACAAAAGGAUUGUGCCUUUGACAACUGAGCAACAGCAUUCAAGAGGGGCCAAUUAUUGCGCUCUAAAUGAACGGCUUAUUUAUUUAUUUUUGUUUUGAUUUUAUCUCUGUGGCAUUAUGCAUGAGGUGGGCUGAUUUCAGUAUAAAAAACUCUUGUCACAUAUGUGAGUAGAACUGUUGAACUUAACUCUGUGUUAUCAGUGUUGGGUAGUUGUAAUGUACUUUAUGAUAUACAGUAUACCCAAAUCAUUCUUAAAUCAUUACCACAGACUGACAAGUGGCACUGCUUGGAUCAUAACAUCUGCUGUAAAUAUAGGUGAGACAAAGCGGAAUAUGGGUUUGCAUUUUUUUUUAAUGCAAUUCAUGAGUGAGGUAUAAGAUGGCCAUAUUUCAAUGGAAUAGAUCUCAUUAUGCAAUAAAAGGAAUUUUAUAUCUAAACU